UUAUUUAUGUUCUUGUUCCUGCUGUGAAUCAGAUGAAGAUGGAUAUCAAUGAAGCUUGGGGCAGCAACUUGAUGAUCAUGGAAGGAGAUGACUCGUCCUCCUCUCUUGGUGAAAACUCAUCUGAAAACUCCAUUUCUUCAACAUCUUCAUCAGACUUGGUUGAGGAUGCAUCAUCAUCAUCAUCCAAUGGACCUCUUUAUGAAUUAUCAGACCUCAUGGCUCAACUACCUAUCAGGAGAGGGCUUUCAAAGCAUUACCAAGGGAAGUCUCAGUCAUUCACAUCAUUACCAAGGGUGAUGAGCAUAGAUGAUCUUCCAAAGAAAGUGUUGAGCAAUAGAGCCAAGAUGAAAUCCUGUAAGAGCUAUGGAUGGGGACUUGAUGGUCAAAGAAACAAGUCAUAUAGUCCUAAGGCUACCAUUUCAAAGAAGGGUUGUUCCAGUAGAAGCUGUUUCAUGUCUUCUCUGAGUAAGAGAAUUAGUAGUGAAAAUGAAGGAUUGAGGUAAUAUUGUUCAUGUCUAGGAUGAUUAGGUUGGUUCUGCAAAGCAGCAAG